GUCGCUCUGGUUGUAUCAUUCUACCAGCGGGUCGUCCGCUACAUCUGGAGGAUCAGCGCGGACGGCCACACGGUGCGUCGGACAAUGAACAUCGUCCCACGGACUAAAGUCAAGACCAUCAAGAUGUUCCUCAUGCUCAAUUCGGUCUUCUUCCUCACCUGGACGCCGUUCUACAUCGCCCAGCUGUGGCACCCGAGGGAGUCUGACGGACCCAGCCGGCAGGGGCUGCUGUUCUUCACGGCCAUCGCCUGGAUCUCCUUCAGCUCCACGGCGUCCAAACCGACCCUGUACUCCGUCUACAACGCAAACUUCAGAAGGGGCAUGAGGGAGACCUUCUGCAUGUCGUCCAUGAAAUGCUACCGCAGCAACGCGUACACCAUCACGGCGAGCUCCCGCAUGGCCAAAAAGAACUACAUCGGGGUGGUGGAGAUCCCAGUGCAAGCAAAGACGGUCGCCAAAGACGCGGUUUACGAUACAUUUGACCGAGAGGCGAAGGAAAAGAAGGUAGCCUGGACAAAUAAUGCCAACCCUCCGAAUACUUUUGUCUGAGUUUGGACGAUUUUAAAACUGAGAACACACAAAAACUCGACUGAAAUGUUAUUCAACAGC